AUGAACAAAGCUUUCAUUGGCAUUGGCUUGGAUUCUCGCCACGACCUUUUUAAGCAGCUGCUGGAGGGCUUGGAUCACAUCCACAAGAAGCUGGUGGUUCACCGGGACAUCAAGCUGGAGAAUCUUCUGCUCGACCCCUUCGGCUGUGUAAAGAUCGCGGACUUCGGGGUUGCGGCGGCGUACAUAGCGCCGGAAAUUUUGCAAGAUGCUGGCUAUGACGGAUUUCCAGUCGAUGUGUGGAGUUCAGGCAUUGCUUUGUAUGCCAUGCUGUGUGGACGGCUUCCUUUCAAGGGCAAGAGCAUGUCUGAGCUCAAGCGCUGCAUACUCCGGGGAAGGUACCAAUGUCCGGAACACUUGUCAGCGGCAGCGCAGCAAGUCAUUGCUAGCAUGCUGAUCCUGGAGCCCAGGAGUCGUGCUACAGUCAAGAUACUGCUGUCCCACAACUUCUUGCAGGAGGGGCACUCUGAUUGCUUUUGCAUUUUUUGUCCUUUUCAAUGGAUAUUGGAUAUCAGAUGA